AUGAACUCGAUCAAGGUCGUGCUGGCUGUGGUGGUGGUGAAGGUAUACGUGACCAAACAGCUGGGUGCAGAUACGGCAUUUCUGAACAGUAAUCUCAAAGAAGAGGUAUACAUGGAAGUAUUUAAUGGCAUAACAAAUGCUGAAAAGAUGAUGUGCAAGCUGGACAAGGCAAUCUACGACUCAAACAAGCUGCGAGUGCAUGAAAAAAGACUAUCCAUGCUGUGUUUCUGCAGAUUGGUUUUCGAAGCAGUGGAGCAGAUCAGUGUCUAUGUCAAGGUCAACAAUGGCAACUUCGUCUAUGUGUGUCUUUACGUCGACGACAUGAUCAUCGCCGCCAAGACCAGUAGAGAGAUCCAAGAAGUCAAGACAGCACUGAAACAUUCGUUCAAGAUGAAGGAGCUGGGCAAGGUCAAGCUUAUUCUCGGUAUGGAGAUCAAUAAUGAUCGCAACGCCAGUACGCUGAGGAUUCGUCAGACUCGCUAUAUCGAUGACGUGGUCUGCCGGUUUAACCAAGAUGAAGUCAAGGCAGUGGUCAACCCAUGCGAGUCUGGAUUGAAGCUGUCAAAGAUGCAAUCACCAGCGACGGACGCUGAAAAAGAAUAA